AUGGCGGGCCGCUUUGUGCGAGCGUCGAAAUAUCGACACGUCUUUGGCAAGCCGACCCGGAAGGAGUUCUGCUACGACAAUCUUCACAUCAGCCGAAAUGCUUGGGAUACCAACUUGGUGAAGGCCAACCCCGACUACCUCUCCGUCAAUUGGGAUGCCGGCGGCGGCGGCGCUUUCGCUGUCAUCCCUCUCGGCGAGAAGGGAAAGGUUCCCGACCAGAUCCCGCUGUUUCGAGGCCAUACCGCCACCGUCUUGGAUACCGACUGGAACCCCUUCAACGACCGCGUGAUUGCUUCUGGAUCUGAGGAUGGAAAGGUCUUCCUCUGGCAGGUUCCCGAGAACUUCACCCUCUACACCGAUGCCGAGGAGCCCGCCCAUGUCUCUCCCGUCAGCAAGCUCGCUGGCCACUCGAGAAAGGUCGGCCAGGUCCAAUUCAACCCCGCUGCGGAAAACAUUCUUGCGUCCGCAUCCGGCGACUUCACGAUCAAGCUAUGGGACAUCAACACCGGCUCCUCCACCCACACCCUGAAGCACAACGACAUCGUUCAGAGUCUGUCGUGGAACGCCAGCGGCUCCAUGCUGGUGACGACGUCCCGCGACAAGAAGAUCCGCGUGUGGGAUGUGCGCGCUGAGAAGCCGGUCCACGAGGCUCCUGGCCACCCGGGCGCCAAGAACAGCAGAGCCGUCUGGAUGGGCGAGCACAACCGUUUCGCCACGGCUGGUUUUUCGCGCAUGAGUGAGCGUCAGCUUGCGCUCUGGGAGCCUGGCCGCAAUGAGCCCAUUGGAGGUUUCAGCAUGCUGGACUCCAUCUCGGGUGUUAUCAUGCCUUUCUGGGAUGACGGAUCCAACUGCUUGUAUCUUGCUGGCAAGGGCGACGGCAACAUCCGAUACUACGAGUACGAGAACGACAAGUUCGAAUAUCUGAGCGAGUACAAGUCCGCCGAGCCCCAAAGAGGCAUCGCUUUCGUUCCCCGUCGUGGCAUCAACGUGCACGAGAACGAGGUCAUGAGAGCCUACAAGACGGUCAACGACAGCUACAUCGAGCCCAUCUCCUUCACCGUCCCCCGUAGAGCCGAAACCUUCCAGUCCGAUAUCUUCCCCCCUGCUACUGGCCUCAAGCCUGCCGUCAGCGCCAAGGAUUGGCUCGAUGGCAAGACGGGCAUCCCCUCCAAGAUCGACCUGGAGAGUGUGUACGAGGGUACCGCCCCGAAGGAGGUUGCCUCUGACUACAAGCCCCCCGUGAUCGCCUCAGCCCCUCCCCCGGCUGCAAAGCCUGCGCCAAAGCCUGUCCCAGCUCCGGAGCCUACUCCGGUGGCACGCUCACCCCCUCCCUCGAUGAAGGACCAGCAAGCUUCCAUGUCCAACAUGGCUAAUAGGUUCAAGGACGACGAGCCUGCCGAGCCUGAGGAUGAGGACGAUAACUCUAGCUUCGAGGAGGUACAAAGACCAGCCCAGCGUGUCGCAGCCCCUGCUGCAGCUCCUGCUCCUGCCCGUGCCGAGCCGGCCAAGAUCCCUUCCCCAAUCAAGGCCGCUUCCCCUGCCCAAGUCAAGUCGCCUCCUGCACAACAGUCCCCUAUCAAGCCUGCAUCUGCCAACUCACCUGCAUCCUCGACGCACAUUGAGUCAUCUCUGGAUCAGAUCAGACAGAUGCUCGAGCAGCAGACCAAGCUCAUUGGCAAGCAGAACGACAAGAUUAGCAAGCUGUCGGACGAAGUCGAGGGCCUGAAGCGCAAGGUGAACGCUGGCGGCUCUCAGGACCAGAGCGAGAGGAUCAGACAAUUGGAGCUGGAACUCGAGGCCGCGCGGUCUUAG